AUGUUUUUCUUACGGUAUCUCGAAAGAGAGAUCAGCAUUCAUCCUUCGUUCUUUGGCAAUAGUGUGCAUCAGCGACUGAAGGAUCAACUUUAUGCCGACCUCGAGGGUAGCUGCAAUGGCGAAUACUACAUUGUGUGCAUAAUGGACAUCUACAACAUCUCUCCUGGACGAGUCAGGCCGGGUUCGGGCGAUGCGCACUUUACCAUCCUCUACCGCGCCAUCUUGUGGAAGCCGUUCAAGGGAGAGACUAUUGAUUGCGCCGUCUCCUCGAUCAAGCCUCAAGGUGUCUUUUGCGAAGCAGGACCCCUCACCGUGUUUGUCUCCAAGUUGCACUUACCCCCAGACAUGCGCCACAAUCCAGACGCCACUCCGCCGCAGUACUCGAACAAUGCAGGAGAUGUAAUUGAAAAAGGGUCGGCAGUGCGGGUCCAGCUCAUUGGAUUGCGAAGUGAUGUGGGCAACAUGUACGCAAUUGGCAAGAUGUCGUCCCAAUGGUUUGGGUGA